GUCCCAACAACCCUCCUCUUCACUUUCCCACCAACUCCCUAAACCCAACAAAAAUAGUAUAGCUUUCCAAUUUAAAAUUGUUGGUUGCAGUGGACAAUUUAGGUAAAGUUCUUAUCACCAAACAAGCAAAUUUAAUAUAGAAUUGAUCCACCUAAUACCCAAACAACACAAGUUCCUCUCUAAUGGAUUUUGCUUCUUGUAUCCACAAUCCAAAUCCUAGCAUUUCUCAUCUGGGUUCCAUUGGCCAUCAUGGAUUUGAUGUGGGUUCUCACCCUUCUCGUUCCUUAUCAUUCUCUUCAACUCCUUGCAAGAAUUUUCUCAAACCACUAGAGGUUACUGGGCAAGUAAACUCGUUUAGAAUAAGUGCGGUGGUGAAGCCUGAAAGUUCCUCUGAGGAAAUGGAGUUUGACAUUUCUUUGAGUCCAAGAGUGAAUUCGUUAAAACCUUCGAAGACUGUGGCUAUAAUGGACCAUGCCACUUCUCUUUUAGAAGCUGGAGUUCCUGUCAUUCGAUUGGCUGCUGGAGAACCUGAUUUCGAUACGCCAGCUCCAAUUGCAGAGGCUGGCAUAAAUGCAAUCCGCGAAGGCUAUACAAGGUACACUCCCAAUGCUGGUACGCUAGAAGUUCGAACAGCAAUUUGUCAUAAACUGAAGGAGGAGAAUGGUCUCUCUUAUGAACCUAAUGAGAUACUAGUCAGUAAUGGAGCCAAACAGAGUAUUGUUCAGGCAGUGCUUGCAGUUUGUGCCCCAGGCGAUGAGGUUAUAAUUCCAGCACCCUUCUGGGUUAGUUACCCAGAAAUUGCAAGGUUGGCUGAUGCAACACCUGUGAUUCUUCCGACAUCUAUAUCCGAAAAUUUUAUCAUGGAUCCAAAGCUACUUGAAUCCAAACUCAGUGACAAAUCAAGACUGCUUAUUCUUUGUUCCCCAUCUAAUCCGACAGGCUCUGUUUAUCCAAAAGAAACGCUUGAAGAGAUCGCACGGAUUGUGGCAAAACAUCCUAGGCUCCUGGUUUUAUCUGAUGAAAUAUACGAGCACAUAAUUUAUGCACCGGCUACCCAUACAAGUUUUGCGUCACUUCCAGGCAUGUGGGAAAGGACUUUAACUGUGAACGGUUUUUCGAAGGCUUUUGCAAUGACCGGCUGGAGACUUGGAUACCUUGCCGCCCCUAGGCACUUUCUUGCAGCUUGCAACAAAAUACAGAGUCAGUUCACUUCAGGUGCCAGCAGCAUAGCUCAAAAAGCAGCAGUUGCUGCAUUAGGACUUGGCUAUGCUGGUGGAGAACCAGUAGCCAUGAUGGUGAAAGCAUUCCAGGAACGCAGAGAUUUCUUGAUCCAAAGUUUUGGAGAAAUGGAAGGUAUCAAGAUGUCAAAACCUCAGGGAGCAUUUUAUCUCUUCAUUGAUGUCAGCCCUUACUAUGGAGUAGAGGUUGAAGGUUUUGGUAGAAUUGAUGAUUCGGAUUCCUUGUGCCGAUACUUACUAGAUAACGCACAGGUAGCACUAGUCCCCGGGGGUGCAUUCGGAGAUGACAGCUGCAUAAGGAUUUCUUAUGCAGCAUCUCAGAGCACCCUACAAGCAGCUGUAGAGAGAAUUAAGAAAGCACUUGCCCCACUUAAGUCUGCUGUCCCUGUUUAAGGUAACACACCCUGUGAUUGUCGUAAUCCGUUUGUGAUUUUGAAAUGUAUUUUAUCAUCAAAUAAACAAUCUUAAGCUAGAAUGUAAUUUCCGUUUGUACUACAAUUUUUCGAGAAUCUGUAUUUUAAGAUCAAAUAAACAAUCAUAAGCUAGAAUGUUAUCUCUGUUUGUACUUUUAAGAAUAUGUAUUUUAUCAUCAAAUAAACAUGAUCUUGUUUUGAGAAUA